UCCACACCAUCUAUGUGGCCUUGGGGGAGGCAGUGGAGCUGCCAUGUCCUUCGCCACCCACCCUGCAUGGAGACGAAUUCCUGUCCUGGUUCCGCAGCCUUGCAACAGGCUCCUCCACUGCCUUGGUGGCCCGAGUCCAAGUGGCCAGUCCAGCCCCAGACUCUGGGAAGCCCCACAGGGAAUCCAGGCUCAAACUGCUGAGAAACCACUCUUUGUGGCUGGAAGGGUCCAAGGAGGGAGACGCCGGGCGGUACUGGUGCGCUAUGGAGGGUCAGCGCCACACGUACCAUAACUGGAGGGUCUAUGAUGUCUCCGUGUUCAGAGGAUCCCAGUACUCCGCGAGGGCCGCAGACGGAUCCCCCUGCUCUGUCCUCCUGUGCUCUGUGGUCCCCCCCAGACGCCUGGACUCUGUGACCUGGCUGGAGGGGAAGAGUUCCGUGAAGGGCCACUCGAAGUCCUUCUGGGGUGAUGGGGCUGCCCUGCUCUUGGUGUGUCCCGGGGAUGGACUUCCCGAGCCCAGGGCACGGAGACCCAGAAUCAUUCGCUGCCUCUUGCCUCAGAACAAAGGGGUCAGCUUUAACCUGGCAGCCGCCACGGAUGCCUCCCCUGCCCCCUGUGCCUCUUCUGCAGGCUGGGAUGUGCCCUGGAUCCUGAUGCUCUUGCUCAUAGUGGGCCAGGGGCUCACCAUCUUGGUCCUCAGCAUCAUGCUCUGGAGGUGGAGGGUCCAGGGGGCUCGGCGCAGAGAUGCUUCAAUUCCUCAGUUCAAACCGGAGAUCCAGAUCUACGAGAACAUCCAUUUGGCCCAUCUCAGCCCACCUGCCCCUAAGACCAGGUGAUCUCGAUGAUACCUGCUGGGAAGUGUGACCUGCUGUCUCCCUGGCAAUCUGGCACCUGAAGGAGUCACUGAAAAACCUUGGCAAUGGGGGAGGGGCUCAGUCCCACCGGCUUCCAUCAGCCAAGCUCUGUGUGUGCGUGUGCGUGUGCGUGUGCGUGUGUGUGUGUGUGUUUUAAAGGCCCAGGGGCUGAAGGACAGGAGAAGCAUUAUUCGGUGAUGU